AUGGUACCGGACACUGCCUUCAGAGGCUUGAGACAUCACCCUGAGAGUCUCCUGAUCUACACUGCUAUGACAGGACUCCUCCCAGCAAUUGUGCUGUGUGGGCGCUACUUCUACAGCAGACGUGUCAUCCAUGGUUACCUGGAAUGCGCCAUGAGCAGAGACAUGGGUGACAUUGAAGGGUUUUACACGAAAUCACCAGACUCCUGUCUGUGGGUAGCAGUGCUGGAAGGCAAAGUGGUGGGUGUCGUAGCAGCAGUCGGCCAGCAGAAGUCAGGAGGUGCUGUCGAGCUGCAGCGGAUGUCUGUUGACCGGAGCUGUCGGCGGUGCGGGGUAGGGGUUGCACUGGGACGGAAAGUCCUGGAGUUUGCUGCCGCUCACAGAUAUUCUUCGAUUGUGCUGGGAACCACGGCGUACACAACGGCUGCCCACCAGCUCUACCAGCGUCUGGGUUUCCGCUGUGUGGGGGUCACCAAUGGGUACGUCACACAGGACGCAAGAUGGUCCUUACUGCAAAGAAUAUUCUAUAGAGUCCACCAUCACCACUACAGGCUGGAUGUGCCAAAUAGCAAGAUCAUUUCAAAUGGACAACACUGAUCUUUCUGACAGUGACAAACAACAGCCUUGCCAACUGUUCAAAUGCUUAUAGUCUGCAGCUGUGUGGCUGCGUCCCAGUUCAGGGGCCGCAUCCUUCGAAGGUUGCACAUGAAGACUGCCUACGUCACAGCAGCACAACUAGGUUGUUCCAUUUGAAGGGCUUCAAAUGUGGCCUUCUCUUUCUGGGCAACGAAGGCUCAGACGGGUUAGUCUUUCGUGGCCCGAUGUAUCCCAAGAUUCAUUGCACGCCGGUUAUGAAAAUAAUCUGGCAACAAAGAACACCAACAGAG